UUAACUCAGCCAGUGUGACAGCUGCUCUCUUAUUUAAUGGGGGGGUCUCCGGUCAGAAGGAGUCAGAAGUGCCUCCAGGAGAGCAGAAGCAUGACGGAGGAGCUGGGGCCGGGUUUCGAGGAAGCAGGCAGAGAGGAAAUGCCAGAGGCCAGGGCCAGGCUCGCCUCCAGGAGCAGAGCAUGCUUGGCUCUCAUCUGCUGUGUGCUGUCAAUUCUCAUCGUCGCAGGACUUGGUACCUUCCUGGUGCUUGGCCAGCUCCGGACCCCAGGAAAAGGCUGUCUACGGGCAAUACCAGAACAGACACCUGAACCUUCACCACAGCCAGUAUACACACCUUCCAGAGCCAAGCCAAGGGCACACCUGACAAUUGUACAGGCAGUGGAAGAGUUCAAAGUCAAGUUUGCCUUUCUGAACUGUGAUUUCCACUACAACAUGCUUCCUAUCCCAACUCUGCUGCUGAGCUAA